AUGAAUAGGAAAGUCAAUGACCAAAAGCCCUCUGAUGACGUCGCCAACGAGCAUAUUGAGCAGAUAUGUGGGGAUGCUGAGAGUCAUGACAAAGAAAAUGAUGACUUGGAAGCACUUGAACGCUCUCACUCCAAGCAAAUUAAGCUGAGUAACGUCACAUUUUUGAUGGUCUUGGUCGGAUUUUGCAUGGCAUUUGUCGGCUCCCAGGUGAUUUCCCUUAUAUUUGCUGCUCUCGUCACCACUGUCGCGAAUGACCUCAAUGCCGUUGACGACUUAGUGUGGAUCUUCUCGGCCGGUUUGGUGUCUAUCAGUGCCGUGGCUCCCUUCGCUGGUCCAGUUGCCGACCUCUUUGGGCGAAAAAGCGUGACUAUUGUGGGAGUGCUCGCCUCGAUGCUGGGUAUGAUUCUUUGUGCCGCAACCCCCAAUGGAAAGGGUUUUAUUGCGGGGCAGGCUAUAUCAGGAGUUGGGGUUGGGAUCCAGGAGCUGAUGUCAAUCUCUGCUGUGGCUGAGCUGGUACCGACUUAUCAACGAGGAUUCUAUGCUGCUCUUGUCGUGUCCGCUUUCUUGCCUUUUGCCCCGGCAUCAUUGUACGGAGAGCUGAUUGCACAAUAUAGCUGGCGAUAUUGUGCUUGCUUGAUUGCAAUCUGGAACUUACUGACGGCUCUUGUUCUUGCCAUCUUCUACAAUCCCGCACCUCGAGUCAACGCCAUGGGAUUGAGUCGUAUGGAGAUGCUUCGCAGAAUUGACUUCCUAGGAGGAUUCCUCAUGAUUGCAGGCGUUGUUGUUUUUCUUAUCGGGCUCAACUGGGGAGGAAAGACAUAUCCCUGGAAUUCUAGUGCGGUGCUUUCGUGCUUAAUUCUUGGUGCCAUUCUAGUCGUCGCCUUCUUUCUAUACGAGACUUUGUGGGCUAAGUAUCCCAUGUUUCCGAGACGUCUACUUCUACAUUCUCGUGCAUUCGUUGCUUUAAUGGUGGUGAUCCUCGUCGCGGGCAUUAAUUAUAUCCCUAUCUUGUUCUUUUGGGUCAUGCAAUCCAUCAGCAUAUACGGCUCAGGUCAUGUUCAGGCGGGCAUUCGGACGUUACCAUUUGGAUUCUGUAUUGUCGGGGGAUCAUUGAUUUCUGCUAUCAUGAUUUCCUCAUUCAAAGGGUAUCUUCGUCCUAUCAUGACAAGCUUCUGUGUCCUCCAAGCUGUCGCCAUUGGCUGUAUGGCUGCCGUCGAUCGGAAUAAUAUUAACACUGUCUGGGCCCCUCUUGUGCUUGGUCUCACCGGUGUUGGUGGAGUUCUCGUUCCCAAUCAAGUCAUAGUCACAGUCAUAUCUCCAGAUGAUCUCAUCGCAACGGCAACAUCUCUAACCGUGUGCCUUCGCUCCGUUGGACAAGUUGUAGGAAUCAGUAUCUUCUACACCCAAUUUAUAGCGAAACUCACCGAGGAAGCAGAGACGAAAAUUGUUCCUGCUGCGAUAAAAAUCGGCAUUACUGAUCCAUUGACCCUUAAGACCAUGCCGUCCACGCUUCUAGCAAUUCCCUUUUCGGAAUAUGCGGCAGCGCUUCCUCAGCUAAAACGGCCGGAAAGUUAUGAAUUUUUGCAUCAGGUUGUCAUUAGUGCUUUUGGGGUUUCCUUUUCUAAAGUCUACUUGAUCUCGAUUGCCUUCGGAGCUACUGCUUGUAUCGCGAGCUGGUUUCUUGGGGAUCUCACAUCUUUAAUGGAUGACCAUAUUGCUGUCUCAUACUUCUAG